GUUUCAACUGGUUAUUUAUUUUCGUUCAAGAAGAGGCUUGCCGUCUGUGUGUGAGAUAAGGAAAACUGCUAACUUUCUGUUCCCAAGAACCCACUCCCUGAGAGAAACGCUAACUUCUUUCACUCUUAGGUGCAGAGCAAUGAAGGAGGGUGUUCUGCGGGGACCGGCAGUCCUGGUAAACCUGGCCACGAUGAGCGAAUGAGAAUGGCUCGUCAGCAGCCCGUCGGCAGUGGCUUCACAGGGGAACCUUCCACAGAUGCCUCCGCUCACCGUUUCAAGGUGCAAGAGAGUUCAGACAGCUGUGGCAGUGGGAACACAGUGAUGCCCAGCCCUGGGGACCCUGAAACCCCUGUGCUCCAAAACAGCAGUCUGCAGAAUGACCAGGAGUGCCUGCCCCCCACCCCCAUUGUCCCACUGCACCUCCAAGUCCUGAGGAGGGGACAGAGUGUGUCCCAGGACCAGGAGCAGGUCCCUGAACCCUCCCCCCACCACAUCUUCAAAUCUACGGACGAAGAGGUGCAGAACAUCAAGCCACCCACGUCCAAUCAGCGUGUGCCUGUCAUGGAGGCCAGCUACGUCAGUGUACUCCGCCCUCCUAAAGUGCUUCGGCACAUCACUCUGCUCCCCCCUCCUAGAGUGCUUCGAUGCAUCACUGCACUUCCCCCUCCUAACAAUACAGCUUUUGCAGUUGAGCCCCACUCUCCGAUAGAUCCAGGUUCUACAGCUAAGCCCCUCUCUUCUAUAGAUCCAGGUUUCACAGUUGAGCCCCACUCUCCUAUAGAACCAGGUUUCACAGUUCAGCCCCUCUCUUCUGUAGAUCCAGGUUCUGCUGUUGAGCCCCAAUCUCCUAUAGAACCAGGUCUCACAGUUGAGCCCCUCUCUUCUACAGAUCCAGGUUCUGCUGUUGAACCCCACUCUCCUAUAGAUCCAGGUUUCACAGUUGAGCCCUUCUCUUCUUUAGAUCCAGGGUUCACAGUUGAACUCCUCUCUACCAUAGAUCCAGGUUCUACAGAUGAGCCCCUCUCUCCUAUAAAUCCAGGUUUCACAGUUGAGCUCCUCUCUACCAUAGAUCCAGGUUCUACAGUUGAACCCCUCUGUCCUGUAGAUCCAGGUUUUGAAGGUGAGCCCCACUCUCCUAUAGAUCCAGGUGUUGCAGUUGUGCGCAAACCAAAUGUGGAUCCAGAUUUUGCAGUUGAGCCCCAAUCUCCUAUAGAUCCCGGUAUUGUAGAUGAGGAUCAGUGCGACUGGGUGGGCCGUGUGCAGUUGACCCUGCAGAGGGCUGAGCUGAAAGCUUCCUUCGUGCAUGAUGAGCAGGUGCAGAAGGCAUGGGCCUGGGCCAGGGACCUGCGGCGAGCCGGAGGGAGGCCCUCCUUGCCUGCUGAUCCAGCUAGCGCUACCUGCAUGGACUCCUCUCUCAGAAUCUCGGGUACUGCUGAACCCCUGUCCACCAGCACCCAGUGCUUCACUCUCGUGAAUGGACAGGGGGAGGCAGGGGCCAUGACAGAGGAAGCAGAGGAGAAGCAGAACUCUCUCCCCAGCAUGUCCAGGGUGAUGCACGAGGUGGCCAGCAGGGUUCGCCCUUACCCCCUCCUGUACACGCCCUCCUACCUGAGCCGAAACUACAGCCCCCUGCAGAGCGCCCCCUCAGGUUGGGCCAUGCAGGGCCUGGGUGAGCACUCCCACUCCAGGAGCACCUCUAGCUUGCCCAGUGUGCCACACAGCACCCCCUACACCUCCCCUGAUAUCAUCCUCCACAGCGCUCCCUACACCUCACCUGAUAUCAAACUCCACAGUGCCCCCUACAGCUCACCUCAUAACAAUGUCCACAGCACCUCCUACAGCUCACCUCAUAUCAAUGUCCACAGCGCUCCCCACAGCUCACCUGAUAUCAAACUCAACAGUGCCCCCUACAAUUCAUCUGAUAUCAACCUCCACAGCGCUCCCUACAGCUCACCUCAUAUCAACAUCCACAGAACCUCCCACAGCUCACCUCAUAUCAAACUUGACAGUGCUCCCUACAAUUCAUCUGAUAUCAAAGCCCAAAGCACCUGCCACUUUUCAUCUCAUACCAACCUCCACAGCACCCCCUACAGCUCACCUGAUAUCAAUGUCCAAAGUGCCCCCUGCAGCUCACCUCAUAUCAAUGUCCACAGCGCCCCCUACAAUUCAUCUGAUACCAACCUCCACAGCACCCCCUACAGCUCACCUGAUAUCAAUGUCCACAGCACCUCCCACAUUUCAUCUCAUACCAACCUCCACAGCACCCCCUACAGCCCACCUAAUAUCAAUGUCCACCGUGCCCCCUACAGCAACCUCAGCUCUGCUCCUUACAAUACAUAUUCUUGCUUCCCCUGCGGCAGUCCAUAUACUACCCCCCACCCUGGACACUUAAACCCACUUUGGCUUUACCCAGGCACCCCCCUCCAACAGACACGGCCUUCAGCCCUGCUGUCCUCCACAGAGAUGUACCUGAAACGUGUCCUUCAGGACAUCCAGAACACUGUGCAGAACCUGGCUCAGCGCUCAUCUCUGCUAGCAGAAUGCCUCUCUGUCCCAUCCAGGGGACCACAGGACCCUGUCAUGGCUCUGUACAAGACCACCUUCGAGGAGGUGCAGCAGAUGAGGAGGAGUUUGAAUGUGUUCCGGACUCAGAUGAUGGACCUGGAGCUGACCCUGAUGAGACAGCAUGACCAAGUGUACCACCACCUGACCCAGCAGGAGAGGGAGGAGGCAGAGCAGCUGCAGUAUCUGCGCAGUGCUGUGCGGUACCAGCUGCUCCAGGUGGAGCUGCAGCAGGACGAGCGUCUGUCCCUCCUCCGCCAGCAGAUGCGCUUCCCCCGCCUUGCCAACCUCUAUCGCCACCCCAUGGGCAUCCAUGGACACGGACUGGACAGACUGUACAGUGCCUCUCGUGUGCCUUUGACAGAGCCGGUGUCCAGGCUGCUGCAGGAGCAGGUGAGCCUGUGGAGGGACCUGGGGUCCAAGAGUGCUGCUGGCUCCACCCUCUCCUGGGGGGUCCACUGCUCCCCCAGCUCUGCCACCGGGCCCAGCUCAACUUGGGCACACGGGGUCUGCACCCCCGAGCGCUUCCCCAUGACCAGGACAGGGGUAUUCCCUACCUCCGUCUGUCUCAGCCCCACGCCCACUACCCAGCCCACAUCAGAAAAAGCCCAGGAAAUGGAGUACCUCUACCUGCAGAGAGAGAGGGGAGGGGCCCAAAACCCACACCAAUGGGAAGAGAUGGGAAGAAGGGCUGAGAGCUUCCAUCAAUGGGAGAAGAGGGAAGGAAGGGCUGAAAGCAUCCACCAAUGGGAGAAGAGUGGAGGAGGGGCUGAGAGCUUUCUCAAACAGGAAGAGAAGGGGAGGCAGCCAUCAGAUAAUGUCUCUUCACAUCAUGGUCUGAAAGAGAUCAAAGAUGACAUCACUGAUGAAGUCCACCAGGAGACUGUGAAUGACCUCCUAGCUGUUGCAUCACCACGGAGAUCACACAUGGUAACAAAAGACUCCACAUUUUCAGGAUAAUAAUGGAUCUCUCAACUGAAACCAGAGGCACAUAUUGUGAGGAGUCAUUGCGACCGCUUUCUCUCGGGAGAUGGGACUGAGACAGAGGAAACACCCUAUGGAAAUAACCACUCUGAACACUGGUGAAGUCUUGUACUUACACUAUAUUUAUAGGAACCGCACUGUGCAAAAUAUGUGUGUAUGGGUGUGUAAUGCAAGCUGCUCCAGUGCAGAUCACACCUCACAAUGGAGAGAGUAGUGAUGCUUCAAAACCUGCUUCACUACACACCAUCAAGUUUCUGUACCGAUUCAGCUCGUGAAGAUUAUUUCUUUCUUUUUACUUAGUGUAUGGUCUUAGGAUAAGCAAGUGAUGUGGGUUUUAGCGCACAUAAUUUUAUAUAAAGCUAAAGAUGGCCGCCUGAGGGAUAGCCUGGCCCAGUGGGUGAACGUGAUCAUUGCUGUAAUGUGUCUUCUGUUUGCCUCUGUGAGGACUUAGCUGUGCAAUGCAUUCUCACUCUUAACUUGAAAUGGCGAAUAACCACUGGUUCCUGCUGCGUCAACAGGUUUCUUUGCAUUGCUUACAUAGUUUUGACAGGAUUUCUUUUUUUUUUUAAUGGAAAAAUUCCUUGUAGUUUUAAGGCACUACUUUCAGCAAAAUGUGUGAAUUUCAAAAGUGUUCUGCUGUAACAGGCUGUGUAAUGUCUUUAGCCGUAGCAUUGACUGCUAUCAAAAUAAACAAUGAAUCAAAGAGAUGUUGACAGCAAUGGCCACGUGUCUUAACUUUGAUAAGUGAAUACACUAUGCUGGCUGUUUGGUUAAAGUGCAGACUGUCAGCUUUAAUUUGCAGGUAUUUACAUACAUGUUGGUUGAACCAUGUAAGAAUUGCAGUUCUUUUUAUACAUAGUGCCCCCAUCGUAGGGGACCAAAAGUAAUUGGACAAUUAGCUGCUCAGCAGUUUCUUAGCCAGCUGUGUUGUUGCAUCAAUAGUUAAUGCUCAAGAAAGCUAACAAAAGCUUGUCAAGUUGCUUCUAGGUGUGAUGUUUGCAUUUGGAAUUUGUUGGUGUUGUCUCUGCGGAACACAGAAGUGUCAAUGGCAGUAAAGCAGGUCAUCAUAGGGUGGAAGCUUCAGUAUAAAGCGAUCAGAGACAUAGCAUUGGGGGUGUCAAAUUCAACUGUUUCUUUUCCACUCCAGUCAUUGACCGGGUGUAAGAUUUGAAUGGAACAUGCUAUCAUAUAGAUAGCAAAGAUGUGAUUUUUAUGGAGCGUAUAGCAAGAAGUCUUACCAAAGUCUUACCACAAGCAGUCCAUCUCAUUUAUUUAUGAGAUUUUCUUCUUAUGCUAGUUUUAAUUAUUUUUCUUCUGCGAUUUGAUUGCUUUGUUGUGGUGCUCAGGAGUAUGCAAUUUUGUUAAAUGAUCAAAUCUCUCCGGCACAGUCUCCACAACCACCUCCAUGUUCCCAACAGAGAAAUUAGUGCAAAAUUCCACUGAAAAGCAUUUACGGAGCUAUCUAUUCACACGGGAUCAGCGUGAUCUAAAGACACAAGACAGUUAGAAACAUAAGACGAUUAGGUCCAGGAUUUUUUUCUCUCCGGAUCUGAAAAAAUCACAGACAUGUACGAUUUAUGCAGGGUUAAAUCACAGGAGUUAGAGGUAAUACAUACAAUUACAAGAUGUCCUGGGCUAAAACUUGUCCUGUGUGAAUAGGGCUUUACUCACCUGGGAUGCUAUAUGGGAGACCUAUAAAAUUAAUAAAGAUUUAUUUAUUGUAAACACA